UUCCCGGCGGAGGAAGAUGGCGCCGUGAGCGGGUCGGAGCCGCCGCCGCCCCCGGCCGCUGGAGGGACAGCAUGGCAGCCACGGCCGCCGUCAGCCCCAGUGAAUACCUGCAGCCCGCCGCCUCCUCCACCCAGGACUCCCAGCCCUCUCCCCUGGCCCUGCUGGCAGCCACAUGUAGCAAGAUCGGUCCCCCCGCCGUGGAAGCCGCCGUGACGCCGCCGGCCCCUCCGCAGCCCACCCCUCGCAAACUGGUGCCCAUCAAACCCGCCCCGCUGCCCCUGGGCUCGGCCAAGAGCAGCAUCGGCAUCCUGUCCUCCAAAGGGAACCUCUUCCAGAUCCAGGGGUCCCAGGUGGGCACCUCCUACCCCGGCGGGCAGCUGGUUUUCGCCAUCCAGAACCCGGCCGUGCUCAACAAAGGCUCGCGCUCUUCCUCCUCCUCCUCCUCCUCCUCGUCCUCCUCGUCGUCCUCCUCCAACAUCCAGUACCAGGCCGUGCCCCAGCUGCAGCCCGGCGGGGCUCAGACCAUCCAGGUGCAGCCCAACCAGAUCCAGAUCAUCCCAGGCACCAACCAAGCCAUCCUCACGCCUUCCUCUUCCUCGCACAAACCCGUGCCCAUCAAACCGGCGCCGGCGCAGAAAGCGGCGUCGGCAGCGGGCGGCGUGGUCAAACUGCCCGGGGGUGGCAACGUCACCUUGACCCUGCCCGUCAACAACCUGGUGAGCUCCGAGGCGAGCGGCCAGGCCCAGCUGCUCACGGACAGCCCUUCCAAACCCGGCAAAAAACCUCGGAAAAAGGCUCUGUCCCCGGCCCAGCCGGCCGCCGUGGCCGUGGCCGAGCAGGUGGAGACGGUGCUGAUCGAGACCACGGCGGAGAACAUCAUCCAAGCCGGUAACAACCUGCUGAUCGUGCAGAGCCCCGGCUCGGGGCAGCCGGCGGUGGUGCAGCAGGUGCAGGUGGUGCAGCCCAAGCAGGAGUCGCAGGUGGUGCAGAUCCCGCAGCAGGCGCUGCGCGUGGUGCAGGCCGCCUCGGCCACGCUGCCCACCGUGCCCCAGAAAUCCUCCCAGAACUUCCAGAUCCAGGCGCCCGAGCCCACCCCCACACAGAUCUACUUCAAAACCCCCUCUGGCGAGCUGCAGACCAUGCUGCUCCAGGAGACCUCCUCCGUGCCCGUGCCUCCACCUCUGGGCACGUCCUGCGGCAGCCCCGCGUCGCGCAGCCCCGGCCCCGGCCGCAAACCGGCCCCGCGCAAGGAGCGGCCGCUGCCCAAGAUCGCCCCGGCCGGGGGCAUCCUGAGCCUGAACGCGGCACAGCUGGCAGCAGCUGCCCAGGCCAUGCAGACCAUCAACAUCAACGGCGUCCAGGUGCAGGGAGUCCCCGUCACCAUCACCAACACCGGAGGCCAGCAGCAGCUGACGGUGCAGAACGUGUCCGGCAACAACGUGACCAUCAGCGGGCUGAGCCCCACCCAGAUCCAGCUGCAGAUGGAGCAGGCGCUGUCCGGGGAUGUCCAGCCGGGAGAGAAGAGGAGGAGGAUGGCCUGCACCUGCCCCAACUGCAAGGACGGUGACAAACGGUCAGUUCAGAACCUGGGAAGGGCUGGUUCGGCUUGGAUCCGCCUCUCCUGGUUAUCCCGGGUGGUAUAUCCCGCUUGGAUCCGCCUCUCCUGGGCGUGGUUUAUCCUGUUGGAUCUACCUCUUCUGGGAGUGGUUUAUUCUGCUUGGAUCCACCUCUCCUGGGUUAUCCCAGGGUGGUUUAUCCUCCUUGGAUCCGCCUCUUCUGGUCCCGUCCCCUCUCCCGCAGGUGACAAACGCUUCGAGUGCGCGCAGUGCCAGAAACGCUUCAUGCGCUCCGACCACCUGACCAAGCACUACAAAACCCACCUGGUCACCAAGAACUUGUAGGAGAGAGAGACAGAAAUUCCCUCCCAUCCCAAAUCCCAGGAGGGACCUCGGGGACCUCCCCACCCUCCCGACCGUGCACAGCACCCCCAAAAAAAAUGGGGUGGGGGGUCCCUGUGACCCCCACAGGCUCAAGGGGGGGUGAGCAGAGCCCCCCCAGAGCCCCCCAGGAUGUGGGGCAGGAGAAGGGGACGCCCAAGAGAGGCUCCACAGCACAUUCCUACUUUAUAUUUAAAGUCUAUAAAUAGCUAUAAAUAUCUAUAUAACCCCUUUGGAAAAAAAUCCCUGUUUUUCUAUGGAGAUCGUUGCCUUACACUCCCCCUCUCCCAGAUCCCCGUGGAUCAUGAGUGCUUUUUUUAAAAUCUAAUUUAAUCCCCUGGAUUUCUUUCCUAAAACUCAAUUUUUUAUUUUUUUUUUUCUCCCCCCCUCUCUCCCAAUUUUUAUUUCUGAGCAACUAUUUUUUUUAAUUU